AUUAUUUCAGGUUAUGUGCAUCAGAACCAAACACUUGUUAUUUUCAGUGAGCUUAAGUUUCCGCAUUGCGAGCAGGAGGUGACUAGUGUUUAGACAAACAUAUUAGUGCACAUUACGUACCUGUGCUGUUCGGCAAUUACGAAAAAUACCAGAUCGACGUGUUGUGGAUUAGGAGAGCACUCAUGGACUCCAAGGGAACUAGUUGGCUGAAAAAAGAGAAGAAUGAAGUAUAUGCUGAACCAGGCUCCUUCGUUCAGUUACACACAUCUACCAUGAAAUUAAAAGAAGAAUUGGAUGAGAAAGUGAACCAACAGUGUCUUGAAGAUAAUUUGGUAAUCUCUCAGCCAAAUGAUUUUAUCAAGGAGGAUCCUGAACUAAAUUUGGAGGUGGCAGCCUCAAUAAGAAAUGCAUCUGAUAGUUUAAGUUUCAUUCAAAGUGCUGGUGACAGCUGUAACGUUUCGUAUCAAGAAGCAUUUCAUCAAGGACUAGUCGAUGACGAUCAGGAGAUAGAUACAGAGAUGUCAACAGAUUUCAGUAUGUCUCAUAACUAUACCAAGUUACGGACUUCACAAGAAGACAGCUUAUGUGGCACGAGAUUAAGUUGUAGCAUCAGGGAAAAGGAAUUCCAUAAGUUUAACUGUAGUUUCUGCCUACAGAGCUUCCCUUCAAAAUACAGACUCAUAAUGCAUAUCUUCAUCCACAUUGAUGGUGUGCAGGCACCUGCAUAUGUGUGUAAGUCAUGUGGUGAGGUAUUGCCCACUGAUGACAGCUUGAAAGAACAUUUGAGAAUGAGUGAGGGUGACCAAGCACUAUCAGCUGCCAACAGUGAGAAUCUUGAAUGCAGUGAUUACCAUGAAAACAUCAUCUCCUUAGAAAGUGUACGAGAAGAAAUCGUGGAACAGACUGAGAAGCAAUCUUCAUCCAAGGAAACCACGAAAACUUUAAGGAAAUCCUUUAGUGACACAAGCAAUACACAUACUGUGACACAAGUUGCAGAGCAACUCAGAUGUGAUGACUAUGGAAUUUUGUGUACAAGUGAUCACGUUAAUGUCCACACUGUGCUAAGUGCAAAGACACGUCACAAAUGUGAUGUUUGUGGCAAAUUGUUUAAUCGUUCAAACAGUCUCAAGGUACACGAAUUAAUACACAUGGCAAAGAGACCCCACGAAUGCCAUGUUUGUGGAAAAUCGUUUACUCAGUCGAGCAAUCUCAAAAGACACGAAUUAAUACAUACAGGAAAGAGACCCCAUGAAUGCGGUGUUUGUGGAAAAUCGUUUAUUCUUUCGGGCAGUCUCAAGGCACAUGAAUUAAUACACACGGGAAAGAGACCCCACGAAUGCCGUGUUUGUGGAAAAUCGUUUACUCAGUCGAGCAAUCUCAAAAGACAUGAAUUAAUACAUAAAGGAAAGAGACCCCAUGAAUGUGGUGUUUCUGGAAAAUCGUUUACUCAGUCGGGCCAUCUCAAGACCCAAAACGUAAUACACACAAGAAAGAGACCCCACGAGUGCGAUGUUUGUGGAAAAUCUUUUACUAAGUCGAGACAUCUCAAGAGCCACGGAUUAAUACACACUGGUAAGAGAUCCUACAAAUGUACUGUUUGUGGAAAAUCGUUUAUUCGUUCGGGCAAUCUCAAGGUACACGAAUUAAUACACACAGGAACGAGACCCCAUGAAUGCGGUGUUUGUGGAAAAUCGUUCACUCUGUCGGGCCAUCUCAAGACCCACUUGUUAAUACACACAGGAAAGAGACCCCAUGAAUGCGGUGUUUGUGGAAAAUCGUUCACUCUGCCGGGCCAUCUCAAGACCCAUUUGUUAAUACACACAGGAAAGAGACCCCACGAAUGCGAAGUUUGUGGAAAAUCAUUUACACAGUCGGGCCAUCUCAAGAGGCAUUUGUUGACACACAUUGGAAAGAGACCCUACAAAUAUAGUGUUGUGUAAAUCGUUUCCUCAAUGGGGCAGUCUCAAGA